UCUCAUACAUCUGCGCAUCGUGGACUCGGCAGCGCUGACAAGUAUGGCGCCCGUUUUGGCAGGCUUACCCUCCAUGGCAAGGUCAACAAUCCGUAGACCCGCAUGGUUCGUGGUCUCACUGGCAUGCCUGGGAGCAUCCACAGUUCUGCUGUUGUACCAGGUGGAAGAGAUGCGUUCACAGAGGUUGCAGGGUUUUGGCUGGGCUUUUCUGUCAGCCUGCCUGGUCGCCGUCCAGCAGGUGUUCACGCAGACCACGAGAGACGUUCCCCAGGGCGUGCUGCUGCUGCAUUCGUGCUUCACAUCACUCAUACUCUCAACCCUGUUUGCUGGCAACGUGCUUGAAAGUCCCAAGGAGCUCCUCACCAAGGUGAAUAUGGGCGAGAUGAGCGUGGCCAGCCAGACGGCGUUCGCGUACGUCUUCUUCGUGUCCAAGGCCCGGGAGAGUGACGAGGGACUGGCCAACAUGUACAAGUACUCCCUGGACGUGCUCAUGGCGUGUGCGCUCACGUGGACCUUCUUGCCCGACGAUGUCGUACCGCUUGCGAGCUACGCAGCCGCCCUGCUCGUGCUGUGCGCCGUCGUGACGGCCGAGGUGCAGCGGCUCUCCAACAGGCCUCGACCCCCACCUGGCGAUAAAGUCAUAAUGCGUUUCUUCAUGUGAAACCUGCUGUUGCACUUCACUUGUUUCAAGUAUACACAAAUGAUUAUUUA